AUGAUUUGAUUGGAUAAAUGACGAGACUGGUGAUCAGAAUGAAGUUCAUGUAUUUUUAUGAAUAAGAAGGAACGAGAAGUCAAGAACGUGAGGAUUGGACAUCUGGGAAUAUUGCUGGCCCAUCAAGCAGAAAUCUCCCAGUUCUGCCUCUAGGACAAGACUCAUCCCAAUAAACAUCAAACUGUGGAAGAGUCACACCAUUUCACCACUGUGUUUCAGUUGGACAGACUGGACAGAGCGCAGCCGACACAGCGACGGUGUGAGUGGAGCAGAGAGAACCGAGGAUGGGGGGCGGAGGUCAGCAGACGGAGUCAAGCGAGCCGGCCAAGGGUGACGGGGUUGGGCCUGAUGGAGGGCGAGGUGGCAGUGCAGUCUACACCUGGGAAGAGGUUCAGAGGCACUGCCACAGAAGCGACCAGUGGUUGGUCAUCGACAGGAAGGUCUAUAAUAUUACCCAGUGGGCGAAGAGACACCCGGGGGGCAUCAGGGUCAUCAGUCACUUUGCUGGAGAAGAUGCCACGGAUGCAUUUGUCGCAUUCCAUCCCGAUCCUAAUUUUGUCAGGAAGUUUCUGAAGCCGUUGCUGAUUGGAGAGCUGGCACCGACAGAGCCCAGCCAGGACCAUGGGAAAAACGCAGUACUGGUGCAGGACUUCCAGGCCCUGCGUGACCGUGUGGAGAAGGAGGGUCUCCUCCGUGCCCGCCCCCUCUUCUUCAGCCUCUACCUGGGCCACAUCCUGCUACUAGAGGCCCUGGCUUUGGGCCUGCUCUGGGUCUGGGGGACCAGCUGGAGCCUCACACUGCUCUGUUCCCUCAUGCUGGCCACGUCUCAGUCCCAGGCUGGCUGGCUGCAGCAUGACUACGGCCACCUGUCAGUCUGCAAGACAUCCAGCUGGAAUCACGUACUGCACAAGUUUGUCAUUGGACACCUAAAGGGUGCCUCUGCUAACUGGUGGAACCAUCGUCACUUCCAGCACCACGCUAAGCCCAACGUGUUUAGUAAAGAUCCUGAUGUCAACUCACUGCAUGUCUUCGUCCUGGGAGACAAACAGCCUGUAGAGUAUGGUAUAAAGAAGUUGAAGUACAUGCCCUACCAUCACCAACACCAGUACUUCUUCCUCAUUGGACCUCCACUAGUUAUUCCAGUGUUUUUCACCAUCCAGAUAUUCCAGACCAUGUUUUCACAACGGAACUGGGUGGAUCUGGCGUGGUCGUUGACUUUCUACCUUCGCUUCUUCUGCUGUUACUAUCCCUUCUUUGGUUUCUUUGGCUCAGUAGCAUUGAUCAGCUUCGUCAGGUUUUUGGAAAGCCACUGGUUUGUAUGGGUGACCCAGAUGAAUCACCUUCCUAUGGAGAUAGAUCACGAGAGACACCAGGACUGGCUCACCAUGCAGUUGAGUGCUACUUGCAACAUUGAACAGUCAACCUUCAACGACUGGUUCAGUGGACACCUCAACUUUCAGAUUGAACACCAUCUGUUUCCUACCAUGCCCCGUCACAACUACCACAUGGUGGCUCCUCUGGUUCGUGCUUUGUGUGAGAAACAUGGACUUCCCUAUCAGGUCAAGACUUUGCAGAAAGCCAUCAUUGAUGUUGUCGGGUCACUGAAGAAGUCAGGGGAUCUGUGGCUGGAUGCGUAUCUCCAUAAAUAAAUCCCUUCCUGACUCAACGACCUGCGAACAGAGAUAGUUUCCCCAGACGUUUGUGUCAGAUGCUGUAUUUUGGUGUGACGUAAUUGUUUUAAUCGUUUUUGGGACCCCAGGAAGAAUAGCUGCUGCCUAAUGGGGGGUCCAAAGCAACACAUCAGGGUUUAUAUUAGGGCUUUCAGAGUUAAUUAGUUAACUGAAGUUAACUUUUUUUAAAUUUUAGUGCAUACAUUUUAUUUUUAUCGUGAUUAAUCGCUUAAUCGUCUGAAUGUGUUGAAUACACUGAAAAUAUCCAAAACACAUCAUGUAUACAACUAAAAUAUAAUGCCAUGUAAAAAUAAAUUGAGGUUAAAUAAAGUUUGCUUUCUCAGUUUACCUAAUUUUGCUAACAUAGAAAACUUUUUGGUAUGAAAAAUCUUAAAUUACAGCUCACGUUGAGCAAAUUAUCAAAUCCUGCUAUUUAACUCGAUUGAAAAAAAUGUAAUUGUUUGAUAGCCUUAGUUCAUGUACAUCAUUGGUAGGGCUUCUUUUUUUUGUGGUGGUUUUCUUUUAUGGUAUUUCAAGCAUUAUCCACUGGGCUUGCUGCAGGCAGAAAAUCCUAGGGAAUGCUCUUUAAUUGACACAAGCUGUCUCCAAUCAUUCAAUGUCUGGUUGUAUGUGAGUGUUUUGGGGGGGGGGGGGUCUCUUAAACUAGGUGAGGCGCAGCAUACGAAACGGGGAGGCGCAGCAUACGAAACGGGGAGGCGCAGCAUACGAAACGGGGAGGCGCAGCAUACGAAACGGGGAGGCGCAGCAUACGAAACGGGGAGGCGCAGCAUACGAAACGGGGAGGCGCAGCAUACGAAACGGGGAGGCGCAGCAUACGAAACGUAAUCGCACUAAGCCUAUUCAUUUAGCAUGGACGACUAUGUGUAGAUCAGUGAUUUUUUUUUUACACCUCACUUUGCUGAUCCCCUCUAACAUACUCUGUACCUGAUCAUCGGAGGUUUAGAAAACAUUUCGUAUUAUUAACAACAAUUAGAACAGUUAAAAGGGAGAGAUUAUGAAUUCAACAAGAAAAUGUAAAACCAUAAUAUAGUUUUAAAAAAGAGCGGCGCCAAUACACUGGUGGGAC